AUGUCUGACCGUGGAUCCAACCCCCCUGAGGAGAAGCCCAAGCCUGAAGAACCCGCUGCCGACCCCAACACGCUCAACAUCAAGAUCGUGUCUACCAACGGCGAAGAAGUGUUUUUCAAGAUCAAGAAGACUACCAAGUUGAACAAGCUCAAGACUGCCUACGCCGACCGUGUUGGUACCGAUGCUGGUUCUAUCCGGUACGUCCCCUCUCCCCUUCUCCUUCUGCCCGCUGGAUAUCGCUCACUUUGCCCUUCCCUCUCCCUCUCCCUCUCCCUGCCCUCCUCCUUUCCUUCUCUCAUGCGUCACAUUCAUCUUUCCUCAUUUGUCGGGUGGAUGGGGUUUGGCAUAAACAGAUUGAUAUUUGACGGCGAACGUAUCCUCGACAACCAGACUGCUGCCGACCUUGAUCUGGAAGAUGGUGAUUCGCUUGAUGUCGUGCUUCAGCAGGUCGGCGGUUGUUAG